GCGCAGACUUUUAAAUGUGAAUGUAAACAAAUAGUGUCAAAAAUGUAAUAAUUUAGUAAGUUUUUUUUAUUAAUCUAUAUACUCGACAAAUAAUUAAUAUUUUUUUCUAAAAAUUUACUUUACCGUGGUGGUUAUCAUUUUUCCUUAAAAAUUGUUCAAUAUAUUAAAAUCUAGUUUAAAUCCAAUAAGAGUUUUAUUAUGGAAGUGGAAUUCUAACCUAUAAAACUAUUGCGCAAAGCGUGCAAAGUGUUUUUCGUUUUGUUUCCUUUGUUUUGUUUUGAUAUUUUCCGAAUUUACAAAAGUCGGAUAAAAAUUAAAAAUGUCAAAGUCUUCUAAAUCAAAAGAUGCACAUUUAGCAUGGGAAAUUCACAAUCAGAUGAAUCGUUUCGAUAUUACGGGAAUAACGGAGAAUGCAGCCUUUCCUAAUGAUUCGAAAGAAAAUUAUAAACCAAGAACACUGAUUGAUAAUACGCUGGAAAUAAUUGAUCCAACGCCCAAUAUACACACAUUGUUUGUGCAAUUCAAUAAAAAAUUCUUUUCAAACAAAUUACUCUCUGUGGAAGUGAAAUGGAGUCAUCGAAUGACCUCAUGUGCUGGCACAUGUACUUUUAAUACUGGGAGUCGAUAUUGUGUAAUCGCGCUUAGUAGUCCUUUACUGAAAUUGAGACCUCGAAAAGAUCUCGUUGAGACUUUAUUGCACGAGAUGAUUCACGCCUUUUUAUUCGUGACGAACAACAAUCGCGAUAGAGAUGGACAUGGUCCUGAAUUUUGCAAACAUAUGCACAGAAUUAAUCAAGAAGCCGGAACCAAAAUAACCGUUUACCACACUUUUCAUGCGGAAGUAAAACUUUACCAACAACACUGGUGGCGAUGCAAUGGCCCCUGUCAAAAGAAACAUCCAUUUUUCGGUAUGGUUCGUCGAUCAAUGAAUCGUGCACCAGGACCCAAUGAUUUUUGGUUUAAGGAGCAUCAAUCAUCAUGCGGCGGUCAAUUUAUAAAAGUUCGAGAACCAGAGAAAGUCGGAAAGAAAGGAAAAAAGGCCAAAGACGAUUCAAAGAAUCCAAAUUUAGACAAAUGGUUAACACCGGACAAUAAAUCAAAAGGUAAAUUGCCAUCGAAUAAUUCACAAAAACCGCAAAUUAAAGGGGGAAAUAAAUCAAAGGCUGACAAAAACGAAACGGGUAAAAAGAACGGUAAUUUUUCAAAAACAGGAACAGGAACUGGUUUGAAAACAAAAGGCGGUUCUUCAGUCUACACGGUGAAUAAAUGGAACGCAAAUGCAAAUUCCAACGAACCGGGAAUUUCAAAACUUGGCAAUACAACGAAUAAUGUUCACGGUUUCGGCACCGGCGGUCCUGGUUCUUCAUCGGGUUCGUCAUCCUCAGCAACCACUUCGUCGGCGAAUAAAGUUUCAUUCACCGGAACUUUGGGUGGUUCCGGCUCUGGGCGAAGUCGUUUAUUACAAUUAUUCGAUUCACCUCAAUCUUCGUCGAAGGAAAAUAACAACGAGAAGAAAGAAUCAAACGAUGGUACUUUUAGUCCAAAAACAGUACGAUGUCCAAUAUGCAAAGAUUUGAUUCUAGAGAAAAUCGCCAACGAACAUAUCGAUUCGUGUCUCGUUCACAAAAAGGAAAUGAAACCGCCACUCAUGAAUUCAACACCCGAGAAUAAUUCCAAAUCUACAAAAAUUACUCAAAAUGGAAAUAAAUUUGCCAACUGUCCGGUGUGUAACAAAGAAUUUUCCCUUUCAAAAAUAACCGAACACAUUGACACAUGUUUGACAGAAAACGACGAUAAAAAUCCCUCGCCAAUUGUAAUCAACGAUUCAGAUAGCGAUUUUGAAAGUACACCCGCAAAGAAGCGGAAAAUUUCCGAUUUUUUCAACAAUUCAGUGAAAAAAGAAACGAAAAACACAGCAAAUUGUCCCGUUUGUAAAAAGGACAUUAAAAUCGACGAAAUGAAUCGUCAUUUAGAUGAAUGCUUAAUUGAAAUUGAUGAUAUAAAUGAAGCUGGUCCUUCUAAAGUAGAUAAUAGUGGAAAUAUAGACAAAAAUAAAGUUCACGUAGAUGUUAAAAAGGAAACAGCCGAGAAAUGUUUGAUUUGUAAUAAAAUUCUGGAUCCCGAUGUUCCUUUGACGCAACAUUUGGAUGAUUGUUUAAAGGGCAUGUUCAACGCUGAUGAUUCUUUCACCGAACAAGAGGAGAAAAUUAAUGAUUCUAAAAAUGUGAAAGCAAACGAUUUAAUUGAAAUCGAUGAUUCAACAUCGGAUGAAGAAUCAAGUGAUGAGGAGAAAAAAAAUCGAUUCCCCUGUCCCGUUUGUUUGACUCUCAUACCACAAGGUGAAAUGAAUAAACAUUUGGAUUCCUGUGUCGGAUAAGAAUUUUUGCGAGUACAAAAAUUGAGCUGUGACUGAUAAUAAUUUAAGGAGCUCAGAAAGAAGUAUUUUUAAGGUAUAGUAAAAAAAAUUUUGUAUUGUUUAUUUGUUUUGUAAUGUAAUAAAAGUAUUUUUUCGUAA